AUGGUUGAAAGAGCCGGCAUGUUUGCACAAGGUCACCAUGAGAAGCUUUUGAAGGCCCUGAAUGGAGAAGAGAGAAGGGCCUUGUCCGACUGGCUGUACCAGUAUUGGUUCUUUUGCUUCAAGACCGCCAAACACUGGGGUAAAGGACCAAGGAUAUGGACGGCGGAGCUUUUGAACUUCGAACAGUAUCUUUCCACAGGCCGUUCUAGUCUUCCAGGAACGCCCCAGGAUUUGACACACGGCUCCACACCACAUAGCGACGAUGAGCCAACGCCACCUUCGGAUCUUUGUCGAUGGUACGUUCAUGUGCAUGAGCAGCGAUAUGAGCCGAUACCGGAAGACGUAUCUGAACCCCAAGCCUUUCCUCAGCCCGACCCUGAUGACGAUACCACCUGGGCAUCAUGGUCUCCAAGUGAGCAGCAAGCUUCAUUGCAGGCGCACCUGCGAAAUGCGCUUGAACACAAUGACUUCAGCCCUACCCCUGCCGCAGAUCUCCCUGUAGCGAUUCCACAGAUUGCCAAAGCUGCAGACGAGGAACGUUCGAGCGAGUUGCUCGUCGAGUCUCUUGGUUUCAGCAUCAUGAGUCGAAAUCUCGAUCAGAUUGUGCGAGUCUUCCUGCAGUUACAGGCCAAACACAUCGAUCCAGCAUUAGCGCAUCCAUUUCAUCUAGCAACGAGUUUCCUCGAUGGGUCUAAAUCUUUUGCAACUGCAACCUUUGCAUAG